AUGGCAUCACUCAUUAUCCUGAAAGACGAAUGGAACCUGGGCUGCAGUUCUGAUGAUGAGGUGAAGGAGGCUGGAACAGCCAUGCUGGGUGGGUGUCAACCCUCCCUGACAUUCACAGCAUGGUGCAACUCCCACCUCCGGAAGGCCGGGACCCAGAUCGAGAAUAUAGAGGAGGACUUCCGGGAUGGCCUGAAACUCAUGCUGCUGUUGGAGGUCAUCUCAGGUGAGCGCUUGGCCAAGCCAGAAAGAGGCAAGAUGCGGGUCCACAAGAUCUCUAAUGUCAACAAGGCCCUAGAUUUCAUCGCCAGCAAAGGGGUCAAGCUGGUGUCCAUCGGAGCCGAAGAAAUCGUGGACGGGAACGUGAAAAUGACCUUGGGUAUGAUCUGGACCAUCAUCCUUCGCUUUGCCAUCCAAGACAUCUCUGUGGAAGAGACCUCGGCCAAGGAAGGGCUGCUCCUGUGGUGUCAGAGGAAGACGGCCCCUUACAAAAAUGUCAACAUCCAGAACUUCCACAUCAGCUGGAAGGACGGCCUUGGCUUCUGUGCCUUGAUUCACCGACACCGGCCAGAACUGAUUGACUAUGGGAAGCUGCGGAAGGACGAUCCACUCACAAACCUGAAUACAGCCUUCGAUGUGGCAGAGAAGUACCUGGACAUCCCCAAGAUGCUGGACGCUGAAGACAUUGUCGGAACUGCCCGGCCAGAUGAGAAAGCCAUCAUGACUUACGUGUCCAGCUUCUACCAUGCCUUCUCUGGAGCGCAGAAGGCGGAAACCGCAGCCAAUCGCAUCUGCAAAGUGUUGGCCGUCAACCAGGAGAAUGAACAGCUUAUGGAAGACUAUGAGAAGCUGGCCAGCGAUCUGUUAGAGUGGAUCCGCCGCACCAUCCCGUGGCUAGAAAAUCGUGUGCCGGAGAAUACCAUGCAUGCCAUGCAGCAGAAGCUGGAGGACUUCCGUGACUACCGGCGCCUGCACAAGCCACCCAAAGUGCAGGAGAAAUGUCAGCUGGAGAUCAACUUCAACACACUGCAGACCAAGCUGCGCCUCAGCAACCGACCUGCCUUCAUGCCCUCUGAGGGCAGGAUGGUCUCGGGAGUGGGUAUAGCACCCUAUUUAAGUGCCUAUGCAGGCAAAGAGGCCAUGCUGCGGCAGAAGGAUUAUGAGACGGCCACUCUGUCAGAGAUCAAGGCCCUGCUCAAGAAGCACGAGGCCUUCGAGAGUGACCUAGCUGCUCACCAAGAUCGUGUGGAACAGAUUGCCGCCAUCGCACAGGAGCUCAAUGAGCUGGACUAUUACGACUCACCCAGUGUUAACGCUCGUUGUCAAAAGAUCUGUGACCAAUGGGACAAUCUGGGGGCCCUGACUCAGAAGCGGAGGGAAGCUCUAGAGCGGACAGAGAAGCUACUGGAGACCAUUGACCAGCUGUACUUGGAGUACGCCAAGCGGGCUGCACCUUUCAACAACUGGAUGGAAGGGGCCAUGGAAGACCUUCAGGACACUUUCAUUGUGCACACCAUUGAGGAGAUCCAGGGACUGACCACAGCCCAUGAGCAGUUCAAGGCCACCCUUCCCGAUGCUGACAAGGAACGCCUGGCCAUCCUGGGUAUCCACAACGAGGUGUCCAAGAUUGUCCAGACUUAUCAUGUCAACAUGGCGGGCACCAAUCCCUAUACAAGCAUCGCACCUCAGGAGAUCAAUGGCAAAUGGGACCACGUUCGGCAGCUGGUGCCACGGAGAGACCAGGCUCUGACGGAAGAGCAUGCCCGCCAGCAGCACAAUGAGAGGCUACGCAAACAGUUUGGAGCCCAGGCCAAUGUCAUUGGGCCCUGGAUCCAGACCAAAAUGGAGGAGAUCGGCAGGAUCUCUAUCGAGAUGCACGGGACCUUGGAGGACCAGCUCAAUCACCUGCGGCAGUACGAGAAGAGCAUCGUCAACUACAAGCCAAAGAUUGACCAGCUGGAGGGCGACCACCAGUUGAUCCAGGAGGCGCUCAUCUUCGACAACAAGCACACCAACUACACCAUGGAGCACAUCCGCGUGGGCUGGGAGCAGCUUCUCACCACCAUUGCCAGGACCAUCAAUGAGGUGGAGAACCAGAUCCUGACCCGAGAUGCCAAGGGCAUCAGCCAGGAACAGAUGAAUGAGUUCCGGGCCUCCUUCAAUCACUUUGACCGGGAUCACUCCGGCACGCUGGGUCCCGAGGAGUUCAAAGCCUGCCUCAUCAGCUUGGGUUAUGAUAUUGGCAACGACCCCCAGAAGAAGACAGGCAUGAUGGACACGGAUGAUUUCCGCGCCUGCCUGAUCUCCAUGGGUUACAACAUGGGAGAAGCAGAAUUUGCCCGCAUCAUGAGCAUUGUGGACCCCAACCGACUGGGGGUAGUGACAUUCCAAGCCUUCAUUGACUUCAUGUCCCGAGAGACUGCCGACACAGAUACUGCAGAUCAAGUCAUGGCUUCCUUCAAGAUCUUGGCUGGGGACAAGAACUACAUCACAGAGGAUGAGCUGCGCCGGGAGCUGCCGCCGGACCAGGCUGAAUACUGCAUCGCACGAAUGGCGCCUUAUGCAGGUCCUGACUCCGUGCCCGGUGCUCUGGAUUACAUGUCCUUCUCCACGGCGCUGUACGGCGAGAGUGAUCUCUAACCUGCCCCUCGCGCUUGCGCACUCGCGCCCCGCUGCCUCGGCCGUCGCCUCGGCCGCCCAGGUUCGGGGUUUCCCACAGGGCCUCCCGUGGGACGCGCAUGCGCAGGGACCCACGCGGCCUCCAGCCACCUUACCCGCCAAGGGACAGUUUACAAAAAUAUUUUCUGCAAAAAAAAAGAAAAAAA